CUCAACCUCGUACGCCCCUCAAACACAGCAUCGCAAUAAGAUCAUAUUUCAUAGUUAGUGUAGAAUCAUCAAUCAUGAGUUUAAUGAAUCCAAAAACAGACAAGCUGGUGAGAAGGAUAACCGUUGUUGCAACUGUUACUGCUUCCUAUUUUCUCUUAACCGCUGACUAUGGCCCUCAACCCAAUGCUCUCGACCCUAUUAAGAAGCGGCUACUUUCAGCAGAGAGCACUGUGAAAGACUAUAUUUUUGGAUCAAAGAAAGAAUCUCAAGAAAAUCACAUAGGGAAAUUGGACAGCAACAAGGAACAUCCAUAAAUUUAUGGUCUUCUUGUAGAGGAACAUCAUGCUGAGUCAAGGUUUUCUUUUAGCCGUUUGAACUUGUGAAUGUCUGUAGUCCAAUGGAAUGGUUGAAUGACUAGUGAUAGAGAAUGUAUAAACGGUAUUAACUAUCUUGAUUGAGUUUUCAUCACUACCAAUGCCAUCAAUAAGAUAAUAACAUCGUAAUCAUGUUUUCAGUUGCU